GUCCAGGAGGUGUUUGAGUACGUGGCCGUGUAUUUCACGCGGAGGGAGUGGGAGCUGCUGGACGAUGACGACAAGGUGCUUUACCAGGACCAGAUGCUGAAGAAUUUCAACACCCUCGUUUCCCUGGGAUAUCGAGGUCCUGCACCUGACUUAAUCUGCAGCAUCCAGCAAGGACAAGUGGAGCUCUGGGUCUGUGAUGAUGAGGACUGUGGGGAAAUCUCAGGAUCAGACGACCUGCUAGCAGGUGAGUUGUGGCUCUCCUCCCUACUCCCCUCUCAGUAAUGUGCCAUGCCUAGA